AGGAGAGAGAGAAAGAGUAAUGACUAAUGAGAACAAAUUUUCUUAUAGUUCCAAAUGGUAACGAGAAGUUUCUUUAAACGAAACCAAUGUUCAUGAAUCGUUUAAUCAAAAGACAAUUUCAAAAAAAAUCCCUAGAUUCACAAUUUGGGUAAAAAAUCUCAACUUUUGUUUUUCUUUCUUUCUAUAAGAAAUCUCUUUCCCUUUUACCGUUUCUUUAGUCGCAAUUCAAUCUCUCCGUGAGGGUUUAUAAAAGCAGAGAAAUUUCCCGAGUAGUGAUGAAAAAUGAGAUCCUUUUUAUAAAUUAAAUUUAGGGUUUUUGAUUUCUUUUAGUUUUCUGGAAAAAGUUUGUUUUUUUUUUCUCGGAUAAGAAAAAAAAAAAAAAAGUAGGAGGGGUCUCUCUUCUUUGUGGGAUAGAUAGAGAUAGUUUUGGGUUUUAUAAUAAAGGAGAAGGAGCGUCGAAGCAAAUUAACAAUUAGACUAAGAAAUUUUUACAGACGAGAGCGUCAGAGAGAGAAAGAGACCAAACUUCUUUAAUGGAAGAGACAACGAAGCAGACCAAGAAGAAGAAGAAGAUUCUUGUUAAUUCCGAUGAUUCCAAGAAGAAGGAGCGUCAUAUUGUUACUUGGUCUCCAGAGGAAGAUGAUAUACUAAGGAAGCAAAUCAGUUUACUUGGAACUGAAAAUUGGGCGAUCAUUGCAUCCAAGUUUAAUGAUAAGAGCACAAGGCAGUGUAGAAGAAGAUGGUAUACAUACUUAAACUCUGAUUUCAAGAGAGGAGGUUGGUCCCCUGAAGAAGAUACACUGUUGUGUGAGGCACAGAGAUUGUUUGGGAACAGGUGGACUGAGAUAGCAAAAGUGGUUUCAGGAAGAACGGAUAAUGCUGUGAAGAACAGGUUUACUACACUGUGCAAGAAGAGGGCUAAGCAUGAAGCCAUGGCGAAAGAGAACAGGAUUGCUUGUUGUGUGAACUCAAACAACAAGAGAUUGUUGUUCCAAGAUGGUAUUAGUACACCUCGAAAAGCCGAAAGUGAAUCUCCUCUUACUAAGAAAAUGAGGAGAAGUCAUAUUCCAGAUCUUACAGAGAUCAAGAGCUAUGGAGAUAGAUCACAUUUAAAGGUUGAAUCGGCUAUGACUCAACAGAGUAGACCUCCGUUUUCGGUAGUAGCCCACAAUGCUACAGGUAUUGAUGGCACGAAAGAGCAAAAACAAACAGGCAAUGCAAAAGAGAGUGACGGUGAGGAUAAAGGUAACCAAGAGGCAUUUCUUAAGAAGGAUGAUCCAAAGGUGACAGCUUUGAUGCAACAAGCUGAGCUUCUCAGUUCAUUGGCCCAGAAAGUUAAUGCAGACAACACAGAUCAAAGCAUGGAGAAUGCCUGGAAGGUUCUACAGGAUUUCUUGAAUAAGAGCAAAGAAAAUGAUCUAUUCAGAUAUGGAAUCCCAGAUAUCGAUUUCCAACUCGAUGAAUUUAAAGAUCUCGAUGAGGACUUGAGGAUUAGUAAUGAAGAUAGUCAAUCAUCUUGGAGGCAACCUGAUCUCCAUGAUUCACCAGCAAGCUCUGAAUAUAGCUCAGGAUCAGGAUCAACCAUAAUGCCGCAUCCUUCUGGUGAUAAAACCCAACAACCCAUGUCUGAUACUCAGACAACAUUGCAGAAACAAAAUGAUGGGGAUUUACUACUAGAUAAAGGUAUUGUGUCUGAUACAACUGUGGAACAAGUAAAUUUACUCACACCAUGUCAGGAAGUCCUAAAGAACCCAAAUGAGAUUGUGCCCAUGCCGGGUGACGAAGAGUUUAACUCACCUGUUCAAGUCACUCCAUUGUUCAGAUCUCUAGCAGCAGGCAUCCCAAGCCCACAAUUCUCUGAAAGUGAGAGGAACUUUCUGCUAAAAACACUCGGUGUCGAGUCCCCAUCUCCAUAUCCAAGUGCUAAUCCUUCACAACCACCUCCUUGCAAAAGAGUCCUUCUCGAUAGCUUGUAAACCAAACUCUCUAAACCAAAAAAACUGCCCCUAAACCGCGGUUAUGUCCUCAUGGAGGUGGACAUAACCUGCAUUUCUUCCCUCUUUUUGCUUAGAUUUUCUCCAUAGGUUUGCAGCCAUAUCGGCCUGAAAAGUUUUAGUGAAGCGGGCGUGCCAUGAUCUGCAUUUUUUUCCUUCCUCAGUGUUCAUAAUCUAGAAUCUAGAAUGUUAAAGGUAACAUUUCUAAAGUCUAGACCCAUCUUAUAAACUGAGUUUCUCUCUCAGAUACUCAGGAUUCCAAAACCUUUGCUCACUCAUUAGGAGAGUUUUCUUUUCAUCAUCAUACUCAAAAGCCAUUUCAUAAAAAGGGCUAAAAAAAAGUAUGAGUUUUUUCUUCCAUUCAUGAUUUGUGUGUCUUAAGAAAAAUUCUUUCGUUUGUCUCCCUCUUCUAGGGUCAGACCCAGAUACAUAAUCUUGGGUUGUCUCCCCCAUGAAUUCUUGAUUUGUUGUUUUCUUGAUUCUCUGUACAGAACCUAUAUUAUUACAUAAAAAAAAAUAGAGUUUUUGUUUCAGAGUGUAAAACUAAAGGAAAAAGAAGAAAGAAUACAACUUCAGAGAGAGAGGCAUGUCGCCUUUCUAUAUACAGUAAUGAAAAUACACAGAAGAAAAAGAAAGAAGAAAAGAUAAACAAAGAUUUUCGUAUGGUUUUGGAGCAAAACAGUGUAGUGUAACUUCUCAUAGGUGUGAGAAGAAAAAAACAAACAAAGAAAAAAGAAAGAAAUGUUUGUUUGUUUGUCAUAAAUCGUUUCCCUUUGUUCCUUUCUGAGAAGAAUCAUGUGAUUUGUAAAGAGAUUAUUAUGAGUGGAAAUGAAUUGAUUUUGGUGUGAA